AUGGCACAACAAACUCCAAAACAGAGGGCAGCCAAUGCAAAAUGGGCUAAACAGAAUACAAAGAAACAAGGUCAACCAAGAAAGGAAGGUAAGAAAAGCGAAUUCCCAGUUUCCAGAACUUGGUUGUUAGUAUUAUUAUUUUUAGUAUGUGGUGGUGCUAUCUUAGAACUUAUAAGAAUGUUUUUUUAA